AUGCCUCAAGAAUUACUUGAAGGUAGAGACAGAGAAAGAGAUUUCAUCCAACAAAUGAUGGAUCCUACCAAGAUCAAACCAUUUGAUUUGCCAGUUACAAUCAAAGCUACUUUGCGUAAGUAUCAACAAGAAGGUGUUAACUGGUUGGCUUUUUUGAACAAAUACCACUUACACGGCAUCUUGUGUGAUGAUAUGGGUUUGGGUAAAACUUUACAAACUAUUUGUAUCAUGUCAUCAGACCAUCACAUCAGAGCUGAGAAAUUUGCAGAAACAGGUUCUGCUGAGUAUAGAAGAUUACCGUCUUUGGUUAUUUGUCCUCCAUCAUUGACUGGUCAUUGGGAACAAGAACUUAAUCAAUAUGCUCCGUUUAUGAAAGUUCUUGUCUAUGCUGGUAAUCCAAGUAUAAGAGCUCCAUUAAGAAGUAAAAUUCCAGAUGUUGAUGUUGUGGUUACAUCUUAUGAUGUCGCAAGAAACGAUGUUGAACAUGUGACCUUGCAGGACUAUAAUUAUUGUGUUUUGGAUGAAGGUCAUAUUAUUAAGAAUGCCGGUUCCAAACUAUCCAAAUCGGUCAAACGUGUUCGUGCCGAGCAUAGAUUGAUUUUGUCAGGUACCCCAAUUCAAAACAAUGUCUUGGAAUUGUGGUCCUUAUUUGAUUUCUUGAUGCCGGGAUUCUUGGGUACUGAAAAAGUUUUCCACGAAAAGUUUGCUAAGCCAAUCGCGGCUAGUAGAAAUAGUAAGACAUCGUCCAAAGAACAAGAAGCUGGUGCUUUAGCAUUGGAGUCGUUGCAUAAGCAAGUUUUGCCAUUUAUGUUGCGUCGUCUUAAGGAAGAUGUGUUGUCGGAUUUACCUCCAAAAAUCAUUCAAGAUUACUAUUGUGAAUUGAGCGACUUGCAACGUAAGUUGUAUAAGGAUUUUGCAAAGAGUCAGAAAGAGAGUAUCAAGAGUGAAGUUCAAGGAUCUGAGAAAGAAGGUAAAACUCAUGUUUUCCAAGCAUUGCAGUAUAUGAGAAAAUUAUGUAAUCAUCCUUCUUUGGUUAUGUCUCCUCAACAUCCAAAAUAUCCUGAAAUCAAUAAAUUCUUAGUUUCUAGAAAUUCAUCCUUGGAUGAUAUUGAACAUGCUCCAAAAUUGCUUUCAUUGAAAAAUUUGCUUUUAGAAUGUGGUAUUGGUACUCAAGAUUCUGAUUACAACAAAAGUACUAAGAAGAAGAAUCAACAACUCAUAUCUGCAGAAGGUGUUAUCUCACAGCAUAGAGCAUUGAUUUUCUGUCAAUUAAAAGAUAUGUUAGAUAUGGUUGAAAAUGACUUGUUAAGAAAAUACUUGCCAUCGGUUACAUUUAUGAGAUUGGAUGGUAGUACUGAUCCAAGAGAUAGACAAUCGAUUGUCCGUAAAUUUAAUGAAGACCCUUCAAUUGAUGUGUUGUUAUUGACUACUAAAGUUGGUGGUUUAGGUCUUAAUUUGACUGGGGCCGAUACUGUUAUAUUUGUCGAACACGAUUGGAAUCCAAUGAAUGAUUUGCAAGCUAUGGAUCGUGCACAUAGAUUGGGUCAAAAGAAGGUAGUCAAUGUUUAUAGAUUGAUUACUAAGGAUACUUUGGAAGAAAAGAUUAUGGGUUUGCAAAAAUUUAAGAUGAAUAUUGCAUCGACAAUUGUCAACCAACAAAAUGCUGGAUUACAAUCUAUGGAUACUAAUCAAUUAUUGGACUUGUUUGAUGUCGAUGAUAGUGCUAAGAUUGAAGACACUGUUAAAGAUGAGAAUGGUACCAAUGGAGGUGACGGUUCCUCUUCUGCUGCUGGUGCUAGUGGUGCUCAUGGCAAUAUUCCAGAUGAUAUUGCUGGUGGUCUUACAGGUAAAGCUGCAGGAGCUGUUGGUGAAUUAGGUGACUUGUGGGACGAAUCACAAUACGAAGAAGAAUAUAAUCUUGAUAAUUUCAUCAAAACACUUAAAUAG